AUGCCCAGAGCCGCAGAUACGGGUCAGAUGGAUGCCAGUUCUAUCGACACCUGGGAUCUUCCUUUCGCCGCCAGAGACUUCGCUAUGGAUCCUACCCAGGACCUUGUCAUAUUCUUAGAAGAUACUCGGAUUCCCGUCGCGUCGGAGAAGUCAAGAAAUACGCAUUUGUACAUUUACUCCAUGGCGACCAAAGAGCCGCACCAACUUGCGCAAUCCCCGUGCCUAGUGAUCAACGGCUCAGAAUCAAAGUCCUUGGUCCACCCCUUCGUUGGGCACCCCUUCAUCAUAUGUGCUUUACUGCAAAUUGCAGAGGACGUUGUGUUGAUUCAAUAUACCACCCUUGCUGCCGAGUCUGACCACAUCCGCCUGUGGAACUGGAUGACCGGCGAUCUAUGGCUCACCGAGGACUAUUCUGUGACUUGCGGUGGUUGCGAGCUUCUGUCUGCACGAUCCUUCAUGCUCCCCUCACUCAAAGGGUGUGGUUCAAUACAAAUCUAUACCCUUGAGUUCUCCAACGACUCUCGAAUCCCACGUUCCGAGCUCAAGGCUACGCUACUCCUCCCCUCCUUGACUCCGGGCAUCUCGCUGCGCUUCUUCACCUCUCAUUCACCGCCCAUCGUUGCACGGCCCCUUCAAUCCAAAACGGCUUCCCCCACAGCGGAAAUCUCACAUCCACGUUAUGUCAGCAACAUACAACGCGCAGUUUGGGGUUAG